CGGAGCGCGGCGCCGCGGGCUGCACCCACCCACGGGCGCUCCCAUGAAGCGACGCUGUGAGAGCCGCGCUCCCAACUAGAAAGAUGCAAAACCGUAAUAUCCGUGAAGAUCCUAUUACCUAGGAAGAAUUUGACGUUUUGCUGCGAACGCUGUGUUGGGAUUGAUUUAUUCUUGGAGUGCUCUGCACGGCUGGCAAAGAAUAAUGUUCCAAAAUCGGUCCAUCUCCCAAGGGGUCCAAUUUUUCUUCCUGGGUGUCAGCGAGCCCUGACUCACUACAGUGCAGCUGACAGGGGCUGCCAUGCUUGUGGCACACUAAGCAAAAAACAAAAGACCUAAGGACGACCUUUGAACAACACAAAGGAUGGGUUUCAAUGUAAUUAGGCUACUGAGCGGAUCAGCUGUAGCUCUGGUAAUAGCCCCUACUGUAUUACUGACAAUGCUUUCUUCUGCUGAACGAGGAUGCCCUAAGGGCUGUAGGUGUGAAGGCAAAAUGGUAUAUUGUGAAUCUCAGAAAUUGCAGGAGAUUCCCUCAAGUAUAUCUGCUGGUUGUUUAGGUUUGUCCCUUCGAUAUAACAGCCUCCAAAAACUAAAAUACAAUCAAUUUAAAGGUCUUAAUCAACUCACCUGGCUCUAUUUAGACCAUAACCACAUCAGCAAUAUUGACGAAAAUGCUUUCAGUGGAAUACGCAGACUAAAAGAGUUGAUCUUGAGUUCCAACAGAAUCUCCUAUUUUCUUAAUAAUACCUUCAGACCUGUGACAAAUCUCCGGAAUUUGGAUCUGUCAUACAAUCAGCUGCAGUCUCUGGGAUCUGAGCAGUUCAGGGGCUUAAGGAAGCUGCUGAGUUUACAUUUGCGGUCCAAUUCCCUAAGAACCAUUCCUGUUCGAAUAUUUCAAGAUUGCAGGAACCUCGAACUGUUGGACCUGGGUUAUAAUCGCAUCCGGAGUUUAGCAAGGAAUGUCUUUGCAGGUAUGAUCAGACUGAAAGAGCUUCAUCUGGAGCACAAUCAAUUUUCUAAGCUCAACCUGGCACUUUUUCCAAGGCUAGUCAGCCUUCAAAACCUUUAUUUACAGUGGAAUAAAAUCAGUGUGAUAGGACAAACUAUGUCUUGGACCUGGAGCUCAUUACAAAGACUCGAUUUAUCUGGCAAUGAAAUAGAAGCUUUCAGUGGACCUAGUGUUUUUCAGUGUGUGCCCAAUUUACAGCGCCUCAACCUGGAUUCAAACAAGCUCACAUUUAUUGGUCAAGAAAUUUUGGAUUCUUGGAUAUCUCUCAAUGACAUCAGCCUUGCCGGGAAUAUAUGGGAAUGCAGCAGAAACAUUUGCUCUCUGGUAAACUGGCUUAAAAGUUUUAAAGGGCUGAGGGAAAAUACAAUUAUUUGCGCCAGCCCCAAAGAGCUGCAAGGGGUGAACGUGAUCGAUGCAGUGAAAAACUACAGCAUCUGUGGCAAGAGUACCACGGAAAGGUUCGAGCUGGCACGAGCUCUCCCAAAGCCAACGUUUAAACCAAAACUCACCAGGCCUAAACACGACAGCAAGCCCCCCGUGCCCCCGACGGUGGGAGCCACGGAAGGCAGCUCUGAGCCCGAGCACGACGCGGAGCACAUCUCCUUCCACAAAAUCAUCGCCGGCAGCGUGGCUCUCUUCCUGUCGGUGCUGGUGAUCCUGCUGGUGAUCUAUGUGUCAUGGAAGCGCUACCCUGCCAGCAUGAAGCAGCUGCAGCAGCGCUCGCUCAUGCGGAGGCACAGGAAAAAGAAAAGGCAGUCGCUGAAGCAAAUGACUCCGAGCACACAGGAAUUUUAUGUAGAUUACAAACCCACCAACACUGAGACCAGCGAGAUGCUGCUGAAUGGAACGGGACCCUGCACGUACAACAAAUCGGGCUCCAGGGAAUGCGAGAUCCCACUGUCCAUGAACAUGUCGACGUUCCUGGCCUACGAGCAGCCCACGCUGAGCUACUGCGGGGUGCACCACGAGCUGCUGGCCCACAAGCCCUACGAGGGCAGCAGGCAGGAGGAGCCCAUGGACACGGGGCUGGAGGCGGAGCUGGACCUGAGCACCAUCACCACGGCAGCACGGAGCCGGGAGCAGGGCCAGCAGCUGCCCUAGGGAGCCCUGGAGCCCCUAGGGAACCCUGGAGCCCCUAGGGAACCCUGGAGCCCCUAGGGAACCCUGGAGCAGGGAACAGGGCCAGCAGCUGCCCUAGGGAGCCCUGGAGCCCCUAGGGAACCCUGGAGCAGGGAACAGGGGCAGCAGCUGCCCUAGGGAACCCUGGAGCAGGGAACAGGGGCAGCAGCUGCCCUAGGGAACCCUGGAGCAGGGGCUGCAUCCAAACCCUGGGGGAAGCUAUGGACACCAGUGAGCAGGCAGUUCUGUGGAGUGUAGGAUCCCUGUGCAAAUUAAAAGUCAAUCACAAAGAUUAAUUGUUUCCAGUCUACAAUUUGUAAUUAGUUCAGUUGUGCAGUAUUUUUUUGACUUCAGAGUAUGGCCCUCGAAAGUGAAUCUUUUUCAAAACUCAUCCUACCUACCUGUAUAAACUGUACAGAUGUAAUGUAUUUUUCAUAUUGUAAAGUUUCAAUUACCAAGAACAACUGGUAUGUACAGUGCCAUAAUUUAAUUACAUCUUACUUUACAAGCUUCAGUUUCUAAAGCUUCAAAUUAACAAAAGUUAUUCCUUGUGUUAUUAAGUUACUCUGUUUUGUAGGGAUCAUUUUGUUACUGCUUUUGUGCCCAGACAACUUUAAUCUAAAAUUCUGUCCUUUGCAGAAUAUGCACCAUUUUUACUGUGUUUAAUGUGUAGAAUUUUAUCUACUGGUUCCAGAGGGAGGGCUUAACUAUUCAAACUUCUAAGAAAUUCCUGAAAUAUAUAUAUAUAUAUUUCCUAGAAAUGAAAACUAAAAAAAAAAAUUAAUUCUUCUCAAACUUACCUGUUGCCUUGAAAUACAGCCUGGUUUUUAACAACAAAGCUUGGUUAUGCAACUGGUAGUCAAGGCUGAUGAUAUUUUAUUAAGUCUCACUGUUCUGCACAACAAUACAGGACAGGAGACUUCAACAGGCAGCUACAAAAUCUGCUGUGAGAGCCUGCCAAAUCAGGCAUUUGCAUUUCUGCUUAAAGACAAAGGGGUCCAAAACCUACUUCUGUCACAGGCAGCUGCUGACAGAAGUGGCAACAGAAACACAUCCUUAUACUACUCCUAGAAUGUAAAAUGUCACUCAAAAGAAACAUCCACUUGCUGAAAAAUCUAGUCAUUUGGAAAAAAUGCUAAAAGUUUACAGUCCUUUAACAUUAUGAUAAAGCAAACAAAGAAAAAGCCCAAAACCUUUAAAGAAAAAAAAAAUAAUGUAGUAUUAAGUCUUUAACAAUUACUACAUUGCUUAUUUGUCUGUCAUUUAAUAUCUGGACUGAAGCAUUCUUAUAUCCCAUUCUUUUGUUUUAAAUCUUCAAGACUUCUCAACACUGUAUGAGAGUAACUUUUUAUACCACUACACACUACCCUGUAAUCAUAAAAGAUUACAGAAAUUAGGAAGACAUCAUAUCAUGCUGACUCUGUGAAAAACAAAAUGGGAACAUAAGCCUUCCAAAAUAUAGGAAAAAAAAGUUUCAUAUGGUGAAGCAACUUUUUUAUAAUAAAGAGAAAUUAUAUAACCUCAAAUCUAUUUUUCUGGAUCUUUAUCCUACCAUAUUUUCAUGUAGUUUCAAAGCAGAAGAUUGAAUUUUAAAAUUACAGGGCAACUGUUUGUACAAAACAAGGUGUAUAGAACGAAAACCAGCUUCAAAAAUCGGUAACAAAUCAACCUGCAUUCAGUACCUGUUAAGUGGAAACAAAGUGUCAAAAGCAAAUACAUUGUACUGCUUAUUUAUUAGCACUUCGAUUUUGUAACAUAUUUUGCAUAAAUUAUUUCCUCUUCAAAACAUUAAUUGUCUUUUUAAGACACCUCU